AAAAGGCGUAAUAGACGCGGAUCUGGCAACUUCCCGAAUCCUACUGCGCAGACGCAAAACUUAUGGCGGACGAAGUUGAACAGCAACCCGCGACAAACACUGUAGAGGAGCCGCUGGACCUGAUCAGGCUCAGUUUGGAUGAACGUAUCUACGUCAAGAUGAGGAAUGACCGGGAGCUCCGCGGCCGGCUGCAUGCGUACGAUCAACACCUCAACAUGAUCCUUGGUGACGUGGAGGAAACGGUUACAACGGUUGAAAUUGAUGAGGAAACGUAUGAAGAACUCUACAAGUCUACGAAGAGGAACAUCCCCAUGCUGUUUGUUCGAGGUGAUGGUGUCGUCCUCGUAGCUCCGCCUCUCAGGGUAGGCUAACCUGGAUCGCGCUCUGUGUGAAGAAGUCUUCAGCUGCCAUUCUGAUGUUGACGCCAUCGUCUUCCUCCUUCACGUUCAUAAAGGUCAGAAAUGUUUUUGUGAAGGAAGAUGAUCUUGUGACUUGGUACGUCACUUUUCUUUGUUUAUUGGUUUGAUUUUUGGACUGUAACUGAUUUCAGGCCACCGUUGUAUUUACGUUUCAGGUCAUGUUUGCCCAGUGGGGAAAUCGCCACAAUUUUAGUUCAUGCAGAAAAAUGGUGUAUUAUUUGAACACUUAUUUCCAGUUCCUGCAGGUGUCAGGCGAUGUUUGAUUCUACUUUCAGAUUGUUUGAUGGGAAUGUUGACCUGUUUAUUGUGCUUAAAAAAAACAAAAAGUAUUUAAUCCAUAAAUAAUUGUCCAGAAGAGUCAUGUAGAAAUAAUUAUUUUGUCUGACUCCAAAUUUGUAACAUUUGAAAAAUUGUUUCUUUUCAUUUUAGUUGUUUUUUUUUUUUAAGUUGUGAAUUGUGAUGUUUGAGUGAAUCAUCCUUACGUGUACUACCAUUUCACAUAUUUUUAAUUUGGUUUUGAAAUUUUUCAUUAAAAACAAGAAC